AUGGAGAAGGUGGAAAAGGUUUUGAGACAUCAUGGAAUUAGUGAUCUGAUUACUGGUGAAAGGACAAGGCCUGAAGAAACAGAGGAGCAGAAGCUUAAGGAUUUCAAGAAAGGUGACACCUUAGCUCAGGUACUUAUUGUAAAUGCUCUAGAGGAUUCACUUGUACAAUUAACAGCUACUUUUGAUAGUGCACAGGAAAUGUGGCAGAAGCUGUUGAGUAAAUAUGAACAAUCAUCAAGUCAGAGACUAGAUAGAACAAUGGAAGUGUUCUUUACAUCUAGUAUAACUGAUGGAGAAGAUUUGAUCAAAUAUAUCUCAAGAUUACAGUUAAACUUCAGAGAAGUGAAUGAUGAACUUAAAAAGCAUGAAGCUUCAGAACUGCUAGAACUUGUGUUGAUGUCAAGGAUUAUGAGUACACUACCUAAAGAAUUCUUUGAGUUCAAGAGUGUGUGGGAAAGCAUACCAGUGAAAGACAGAAGUGUUGAUUUGCUAAUAGAGAGAAUUCGUCUGAUUGAGUCCAGGCUACCUAGGUCUAUGAAUUCUGAUAAUGGACAAGCCUUACAGGUUAGUAGAAAUAGCACAAGUUCAUUCUCAGAAGGCAAAAGGCAUUCUGUAAAGAAGAAAAUAAAGUGUUUUAUUUGUAAGGGACCACACUAUGCUAGUCAGUGUCCAAAGAAAUCAGAAAAACAAUACAAGAACAAGAUUGAGCCUAGAAAAGGUAACAGUGGUCCAUUUUUGUGUUUUGUAGCAAAGGAGCACAAGAAAGACAACUUUAUUGCAGACUCUGGAGCAUCGCAGCAUAUGUGUUUCCGGAGGGACUUCUUUCACACAUAUCAGAGAUUUACUUCACCAAUUAACGUCACUGUGGGAAAUGGUGAUGAUAUUGAGGCAGUUGGAGAGGGAAGUAUUCGAAUAAGUGUGAAUAUUGGUAAGAACCGAUACAUCACAACUUUAGAGAAUGUGUGGUACAUUCCCGAGCUAGGAAGGAACCUGAUGUCAGUCAGCACAACAGUAAAGAAAGGAUUUAGUUUCAAAGUAACUAAAGAAAAAUGUGUCUUCAUGAAGAAUAACGUUGCACAGCUGUAUGGACAUUGUGUAAAUGGACUCUAUGAAGUUGAAAUGGUCUCAUCAAAAUAA